AUGCUGCUAAAAAAGGACUCUUCCUACCAGAAAAAUAUGGACGAGCUUAAUUUGAUGGAGAAACAGGUCACCGAAUUUGCCAAUGCCACCCUCGUUGAAAACAACGGAUAUAUCGAGGAAAAUUCUCUCGAGCUCAAGUCUUGCACGCUACAAGAGACAAUUGAGGCGAAAUCUGCGCAAAUAAAAACCCUUGAUGGCGAGGCGGAAAAAUAUAAGCAAGGAAUCUGCGAAAUUGAGCAAAAACUUGCAAUCGAAAUAGUUCAACCCUGGAUUUAUCCAACGAAAAAGACCACAUGCUGGAAAGGUAUUUCCGUUCCCGAGGCAAACGAAAUUAGACUAGAUGCAGAAAUCGGCCAUCUUCAAUGCAAAGCUGAAAAGCAGGCCAUUGAUCUUCAAAAAGAGACCCAUCAAAAUGUAUUCAUUAUUUACGUUCUUACUAUUCGCCAAGAGGCAAUUGGCAUUGGAAAUAGAAAACUUCAAAGCCAGCGAGAUUCAGUCGGAGGUAUCGAUCCUCCCUUUAACAAGGCAGGAUAG